AGUUCGGCUCCACCCCCGCGCGGCGGCGGCUCGCAGCUCGGUCCCAGCCCGCGCGCUCCGCACAAGCCCAGCCCGGGCGAGCGGCAGCCACCUGCCCGGCGCCGCCUCCGCGCGCCCCGCCGCGGCCCAACUUGGAUGGAGUUGGGGUCCUGAGCGCGCGCCCUUCCGCCGUCAGCCCGGAGGCUCGCUCCGCUGCCUGCCUUCGGUCCAGGACCCUCUCUCCUCUCAGCUCCGCUCCAGCGAUGGGAAAAGUUGGCGCCGGCGGCGGCUCCCCGGCCGGGCUGAGCGCGCUCCUAACGGGCGCGGGGCUGCUGGUGCUCUUAGCCCCCGGCGUCUGCAGCAGCCUCUCCUGCUGCCCUCCGCAGCACCGUAGCUCGACCCCACGCUGGACCCUCACCCCGAGAGGCUUUCCUCGCCCGGGAACACUGGGUCGGGCUCCUGCCACGCCCCCGCCCCUCCUCAUGAGACCCCUGUUCGCAGUGGCCCCCGGAGACCGGGCGCUGUCUCUGGAGCGAGCAGGGGGCAGCAGGGUGUCAGUGGCGACCGCUGCACGCUCUGGCCGAAGGAGACGGAGUGGAGCGGAUCCGGAGAAGACUGAACCCGGAGAGGGUGCGAGUCGGAGCCGCCGGGGCAUGCUAAGGGAUGGAGGGCAGCAGGGGCCUGGGACUGGCGCGCGGGACCCGGACAAAGCCACCCGUUUCCGGAUGGAGGAGCUGAGACUGACCAGCACCACAUUUGCGCUGUCGGGAGACUCCGCGCACAAUCAAGCUAUGGUCCACUGGUCUGGCCACAACAGCAGCGUGAUCCUCAUUUUGACAAAGCUCUAUGACUAUAACCUGGGGAGCAUCACGGAGAGCUCGCUUUGGAGGUCAACCGAUUAUGGGACAACCUAUGAAAAGCUGAGCGAUAAGGUGGGGUUGAAGACAAUUUUGAGCUAUCUCUAUGUGUGUCCAACCAACAAGCGUAAGAUUAUGCUGCUCACAGACCCGGAGAUUGAGAGCAGCUUACUGAUCAGCUCAGACGAAGGGGCAACCUAUCAAAAGUACCGGCUGAACUUUUACAUCCAGAGUUUGCUCUUCCAUCCGAAGCAAGAAGACUGGAUCCUGGCAUACAGUCAAGACCAAAAGUUAUACAGCUCUGCUGAGUUUGGCAGAAGAUGGCAGCUUAUCCAGGAAUCGGUCGUUCCAAAUAGGUUCUACUGGUCUGUGAUGGGAUCAAACAAAGAACCAGACCUUGUGCAUCUCGAGGCCAGGACCAUGGAUGGUCACUCCCAAUACUUAACUUGCCAGAUGCAAAACUGCACAGAAGCCAACAAAAAUAAACCUUUCCCGGGCUACAUUGACCCCGACUCUUUGAUUGUUCAGGAUGAUUAUGUGUUUGUUCAGCUGACCUCGGGAGGAAGACCGCAUUACUACGUGUCCUACCGAAGAAGCACGUUUGCACAAAUGAAGCUUCCGAAAUACGCUUUGCCCAAGGACAUGCACGUUAUUAGCACAGAUGAGAAUCAAGUGUUUGCAGCAGUUCAAGAAUGGAACCAGAAUGACACCUACAACCUGUACAUCUCAGACACCCGUGGUGUCUACUUCACGCUGGCCUUGGAGAAUGUCCAGAGCAGCAGAGGCCCUGAAGGCAAUGUCAUGAUCGACCUCUAUGAGGUAGCAGGGAUAAAGGGAAUGUUCUUGGCUAACAAGAAGAUUGACAACCAAGUGAAGACAUUCAUCACUUACAACAAAGGCAGAGACUGGCGUUUGCUGCAGGCUCCAGAUGCAGACUUACGGGGGGACCCAGUGCACUGCUUGCUGCCUUAUUGUUCACUACACCUUCAUCUGAAGGUCUCUGAGAAUCCCUACACUUCUGGGAUCAUUGCCAGCAGAGACACAGCCCCGAGUAUUAUAGUUGCAUCAGGUAAUAUAGGGUCUGAGUUGUCAGACAGCGACAUCAGCAUGUUUGUGUCUUCUGAUGCAGGGAACACUUGGAGGCAGAUCUUUGAAGAAGAGCACAGCAUUUUGUACCUAGAUCAAGGUGGCGUCCUGGUUGCUAUGAAGCACACAUCUCUCCCAAUUCGACACCUUUGGUUGAGCUUUGAUGAAGGGAGAUCUUGGAGCAAAUACAGUUUCACAUCCAUUCCACUUUUUGUGGAUGGGGUUUUGGGGGAGCCUGGAGAAGAAACACUAAUCAUGACAGUGUUUGGACACUUCAGUCACCGCUCUGAGUGGCAGCUGGUCAAAGUGGACUAUAAGUCCAUUUUUGAUAGACGCUGUGCUGAAGAAGACUACAGACCAUGGCAAUUACACAGCCAGGGGGAAGCAUGCAUUAUGGGAGCCAAAAGGAUAUACAAAAAGCGGAAAUCUGAGCGGAAGUGUAUGCAAGGAAAGUAUGCAGGAGCCAUGGAGUCUGAGCCGUGCGUGUGUACAGAGGCAGAUUUUGACUGUGACUAUGGCUACGAGAGACACAGUAAUGGUCAGUGCCUGCCAGCUUUUUGGUUCAACCCAUCCUCACUGUCAAAAGACUGCAGCUUGGGACAGAGCUACCUCAACAGUACUGGGUAUAGGAAGGUGGUCUCCAAUAACUGUACUGAUGGAGUGAGAGAACAGUAUACUGCCAAACCACAGAAGUGUCCAGGGAAGGCCCCUCGAGGGCUCCGGAUAGUCACUGCAGAUGGAAAACUGACAGCAGAACAAGGGCACAAUGUUACUCUCAUGGUGCAAUUGGAGGAGGGUGAUGUGCAGCGGACACUCAUCCAAGUGGACUUUGGAGAUGGCAUUGCGGUGUCUUAUGUCAACCUCAGCUCCAUGGAAGAUGGAAUCAAGCAUGUCUAUCAGAAUGUGGGCAUUUUCCGAGUGACCGUGCAGGUGGACAACAGUCUGGGGUCUGACAGCGCCGUCCUGUACUUACAUGUAACUUGUCCACUGGAGCAUGUGCACCUGUCCCUUCCUUUUGUCACGACAAAGAACAAGGAGGUCAAUGCGACUGCGGUGCUUUGGCCCAGCCAAGUGGGCACCCUCACUUACGUGUGGUGGUACGGGAACAACACAGAGCCCCUGAUCACCUUGGAGGGAAGCAUCUCAUUCAAGUUUACUUCUGAAGGAAUGAAUACCAUCACAGUGCAGGUCUCAGCUGGGAACGCCAUCCUGCAGGACACAAAGACCAUCGCAGUCUAUGAGGAGUUCCGGUCUCUUCGCUUGGCUUUUUCUCCAAACCUGGAUGACUACAACCCUGAUAUCCCCGAGUGGAGGAGGGACAUCAGCCGAGUCAUCAAAAAGUCUCUGGUAGAAGCCACGGGGAUUCCCAGCCAGCACAUCCUGGUGGCCGUGUUGCCUGGCUUGCCAACUGCUGCGGAGCUCUUUGUUCUGCCCUAUCAAGAUGCAACCAGAGAGAACAAAAGGUCACCGGAGGACCUGGAGCAGAUAUCUGAAGUUCUAAUCCACAAACUCAACCAGAACUUGGUGCACUUUGAGCUGAAGCCUGGGGUCCAAGUUCUUGUCCAUGCAGCUCAUCUAACAGCAGCUCCCCUGGUGGACCUCUCGCCAACCCACAGUGGAUCCGCCAUGCUGAUGUUGCUCUCGGUGCUGUUUGUGGGGCUGGCCGUAUUUGUCAUCUACAAGUUUAAAAGGAAGAUCCCGGGGAUUAAUGUUUAUGCCCAGAUGCAAAAUGAGAAAGAACAAGAGCUGACCAGUCCAGUCAGUCACAAUGAGAGCAGGGCCAGUGUCCCUCACCCUGACCUCAGGAGGCCUGGCCAGCUUGUAGAUGAGAAGGUGGAAUCACAGAUCCUAGGAGAGUAGCUUUACCCUCCCCUCCCUCCCCUUCUGCUCAACCCGGCGACUCAUCUCUCCGAUUGCAAAGACCAAGACAAGCCACUCCACCUUCAUCGCCAAAGCGGGGAUCUGCUGGGGCACAAUUUGCAAUUUAAGAAAAGACCCCAAAGGCUACAGGAGACCUGCUGAUCAGAAAAGAAUUUCGCUCUUGUCAAGUACAUCAUCCUUCAUGACCACUAACUAUGUUUUUUUUUCUUCUGUUGUUCUGUUUCCUAUUUUGCCAGGAAGUAUUUCCAUAGUUGCUGAGAAUCAAAGCACAAAAGAAACCCCUACCUAUGUAAAUGUUUAAAUGGAUGACGCCAGUAAAACAAACAAAAAAAUAAAAUAAAUACAAUCAAAAUCUAAAAUAACAAAUAACACUCACUGCAUCGGGACGUUUAAAUUCUUCAGACACAGACAACAUGGGUUCUUAGCUUUAAGCCUGUGCAUGUGGACAAUACCUUGAGAACACGUUUGGAGGGGCAGUGUACAGGUGCUCUAUUUUAACGGAAAACACUCCCCUCGCCCUCUCUUCUCUUUUUCUGAUCGGUCGUGUUUGUAGAAAAUUCAUAACAUAUACAGGCCAAGGAAAUCUGCAUGUAUUUUUUGGGAAAUAUUCUUGGCUCUAGACUUAACACCUAUUUUAGCACUAUGGGCUGAUGGUGGAUUAGCCAUCCCCAGCCUUUUCCUAAGACACAAAGACAUGCACAGAGCUCUGAAACCCUGAGCUGCUUCUCUGUUUUGCUUAGUGUCACUUUUCAUUUCUAAGUUAGUGUUAGUGGCUCUGUUGGUCAGGAGUGACCAAAGGCUGCUUUCUCUCCAUUCUCUGUGGCCACAGGGACAAAGAUGCUAGUUAAAGAUCCAUAUCCAUGUAUGCAGGUUUAACAGGAACAGAAGAGGGGCUGGGAAGCAAAGCAUAUCAGAAAUGGACCUUUGUUUCCUGCUCAACUUUUCUCCUUGACACUUUCCCUAUUCCUGCCCCAACUAAUGUAAAAACAAAGACAACAAGUGGGAAUCUUUCCCCAGUAGUUAUUUGUUCUCCUACCUUCCCAUGUGUUUGCCAUCCACACGUGGACGUGUUCUCUUGACAUCCUUUAGUUCUUUCCUCCUUAUCUCCCAUUAUCUUCCCACUCCUCUCAUUUUUUUUUUCUCCUCAAAGGUGUUGCUAGAUUUUGGAUAUUUCACCUCAUACUUCCUAAAUGUGGUCCAGCUUAUGGCACCCCUGACUCCUUCUCUCAAGUCUUCAGCUCUCUCAAUUUUGUACAUUCCCACGCAUGCCAGCUUUCCUGUGCUCUGGCCAGGCUGCAGCCUGCCCAGCUAGCUUCAGUUACAUUUCUCCUUUGUCUCUUCCUCUAGAAUAUCCCUUUGCCAAAUACCUCUGUCUUGCCAACCUGGAAACAUAAACUGUACGUAAAACAGUUGACACACACAAAGCAAUCAGACCUGGAAAGGAAAGCAUAUAGAUGAACAGUGCUUGUUUGGGCAAUUCACAAAAACUUAAAUGGUCCGAUUAUAGGAGAUUCUCUUGAGAAAUGUUUUGACUGUGUGACUAUCAUGCAAGGUAAUAUCUUCUGUGAUAGUUGCUGUAAUCUGAUAUUUCCUCUCUUGAGCAACCACAUUUGUAAAAUAAAACUGAUCUUUAACCAGAAGGAGAAGCAGGUUAAUGGACUUAAUACAUAAGAGUGCUGAAAAGCAUAUACAGGUCAGUCUUCUCUUAUAUUGCGAUGAGGUUUUGACCGUGUAAGAUGAUAUCACUGGUUUCGUGUGUGUUCUCUUACCUUCAAUUGUCAUGGUAUUUAUGAAGAAAAAAAUAUCAAUAUAAAGGAAGAAUAGCUGCCUACAGCAAAGUAAGGCUCACACCCUCAUGGCCUCAAAGCAAAAGAAAACCAGUUUUCCCAGAAGAAUCACGAAAGAAUCCCAGAAAGAAGAGCAGAGCUUGUGCUCCUGUUCAGGUCCUUCUAAUGACUGACAUCCCUUCACUACUGUGAACUGGGAAAGCCCACAUUCAAGUUGGGAUGAAAGAUAUUCUGGUAAACCACUUCUAGAACCUAGCCUCCUUCUUGGCUAUGUCCCAAAGCCAACAACAGGGUAUUGUCCAGGGCCUUGGUGUAUCCCAGUGAUCAGUAGGACCCCUGCCCUGUAUGGCUGAUUCAGUGAUCAGAUGACCCCUGCCCUGUAUGGCUGAUUCAGUGAUCAGAUGACCUCUGCCUUGUAUGGCUGAAGCAAGGGUAAAGUAGGAAAGCAAUUGCUAGAGGCUAAUCAGGCAGAAACCUUAAUGGUAGAGGGUGUCCCAUGUGAAUUUGCAUAGUCAAUUUUUCCUGGGAAGUAAUCAAUCAAUUCUCAACCUGCCAAGCUUCCUAUCUCAUAGGAAACAUUUUCAUUGAUUCUCUUCAGUUGGAGUCUUCCAUAUUUAGUCUGGAAGAGAAAGUAUUUGGAAACCAAAAUAGUUUCGGUUCACUCAAACCAGCACAGGGAAUCCUCAGCAUUGCAGUUCAAUGUAUUCUAAUUCAAAAAAAAAAAAUCAUUAUUAAAAAUAAAGAACACUCUUGAUAUAGCACAGUGCCUUGCCUAGAAUAAUAUUCUAAAAUUGUUUGUCAAUGAAAUGACAGUGAGUGAAUGAAGAGACACAGGGAAGAAGGGGCUGUAUGUCUUCAUUUAAAAUAGAGAUGAGCAUGAGAUUCCUGGCACCCUGGGAAGUGACCUAAGUGGUCAGCAUUAGAUUCAGCCUCUUCAGUGUCCUCAUGUGCCUCUCUCCUCAAGCUCCCUCCCACCUGUAGGCGAUUGGUGAGGCAAGGCACUGCUUAGAGAGGACCUCAUGGUUCCUACAACUUUGACUAGAGCCUCUCAAGGUGUGAUGCCUAAGGCAACACUAUCAGCGUCACCUCUACUUGUGUGAAAUGCAGUUUCAAAUCAGGCUAAAACAGACCCUGCUGUUUUAUUUGAAUUCUAGGGAAUCAAUAGUAAUGUUUUCUGCUUAUGGGUCAUGGUGGUCCCAAACGUGUUUGAACAAGUCAUCCAGGUGAUUAUGCUAUAGGCUCAAGUUUGAGAAUCACCAUACCAGGCCUGGCAGCCGAUGCCUGAUGAGAAAGUAACAUUGAGAACCUACAAGUGGGAGGGCCCCACGUGCCUACCUCUCACGAAUAGCAGGUGCAAACACAAGGAGGAGUUUGGUGGACGUAAGGCCAAGGGAGUGUGGGGAGGAAUACACAGGAGGUAAGAUUCGGGGCAAGCUAAUAAUUAGGUAAUGCAACACCCUUUAAAAAGCCCGGAGUGCAGGCUGUGCAUGCUCUACCCUGACCUACCCACCCUCAGCCCCCCCCUGCCUUAUUCUAAUUGGAUUCACUGUCCAAAUUGCAGAGGUUUGCUUUGCUUUUUUUUCAGAAGUUCCAAACAGCAACUCUGAAAGCAAUGGGGUGCUUGGCAGCUGUUCUGUGUUUUCCAGGAUUCCAACUGAGCAUUGAAACCCCUCAUUUGCCAACUUAUUUUUAUAGGAAGCCAAUUUAAAAAUAAAACAAAAGAAAGUUUUCUUAUAGUAUUGGAACUACUUCUAAUUUUAAAAUGACUUUUUUGAUGUAUUUUUUGUUAAAUACUAUGUAGUGUACUGUAUAAUUGCUCUUGUUUAUUGCUUUUACAAUCAUAUUUAUUAAACAGAUAAUGUCUCUAAA